GUGCAUGAGGACAAGAUGGCGGCGGCGCAGCCGGGCAGCGGGGCGGUGCGGCGGGUGCGGGCGGUGCUGGGGCACCUGUCGGGGCCGGGCGCUGUGAGGGCCGUCCCGUGUGGGAGCCGUGCUGCUGCCUCCAGCCCCGAGGAUGUGGUGGUGGUGCACGGGAGGAGGACGGCCAUCGGGCGGGCCAAGCGAGGAGGCUUCAAGGAUACCACACCCGAUGAGCUGCUGUCUGCCGUCAUGACAGCUGUCCUGCAGGACGUCCACCUGCGGCCUGAGAUGCUGGGAGAUAUCUGUGUUGGAAACGUGCUGCAGCCGGGAGCUGGAGCUUUGAUUGCGAGAGUUGCACAGUUCCUAAGUGGUAUCCCAGAGACGGUGCCAUGCUCGAGUGUGAACCGGCAGUGCUCCUCUGGAUUACAGGCCAUUAUCAAUAUAGCUGGUGGCAUCCGAAAUGGGUCAUAUGACAUUGGCAUGGCCUGUGGUGUGGAAACAAUGUCCCUCAGAAGUGCAAAUAAUCCCGGGGAUAUCAGCUCCAGCAUGAUGGAAAACAGCAAAGCUCGCGAUUGCCUUAUUCCUAUGGGAAUAACCUCAGAAAAUGUGGCAGAGAAGUUCGGGAUUUCCCGAAAGAAGCAGGAUGCCUUUGCCUUGGCUUCCCAGCAGAAAGCAGCCAAAGCCCAGCAGAUGGGACUGUUUAAGGCUGAGAUUGUUCCAGUGAAGACCACUGUUCUAGAUAACGAGGGCAACCAAAAGACAAUCACUGUGCACCAAGAUGAAGGGGUCAGGCCCUCUACUACCCUGGAAGGUUUGGCAAAGCUGAAGCCUGCCUUCAAGGAGAAUGGCAGCACUACAGCAGGUAAUGCCAGCCAGGUCAGCGAUGGAGCGGCUGCUGUCCUGCUGGCAAAGCGCUCCAAAGCCAUGCAGCUGGGACUGCCCAUCCUGGGAGUGCUCAGGUCCUUUGCUGUGGUUGGAGUCCCCCCCGACGUGAUGGGUAUAGGGCCGGCCUAUGCCAUCCCUGUUGCUGUACAGAAGGCAGGUCUGACUCUGAAUGACAUUGACAUAUAUGAAAUUAAUGAAGCCUUUGCAAGCCAGGCUGUGUACUGCGUUGAGAAGCUGGGCAUUCCCAUGGAGAAGGUCAACCCCCUGGGAGGAGCAAUAGCACUGGGGCACCCACUGGGCUGCACUGGCACUCGUCAGGUUGUCACUUUGCUCAACGAAUUGAAGCGUAGAGGGAAAAGAGCAUAUGGGGUUGUAUCAAUGUGCAUUGGAACUGGCAUGGGAGCUGCAGCAGUAUUUGAGUAUCCAGGGAACUGAACUCCAGCAUACAGACAGGCCAACACAGCAGCUCAUUCUCUGCCCUCUCCAACACUAGCAAAUGAUUCGCACUGUGAAAUCAAGUGGAUUCAGGCUUUUGUUACUAGAUCUACACAUUUCAGGCACGAAGUGUGAAGAAGCAGAAUUAAUCAUACGGGGCUGAUGUGCAAGUGGGAGAAUGAAAACCAGCACUUGCUUCAGAGCUGAAAAGCAGCCUAACAUGAGAAAAGGAACGAGUUCAGCUGAAGUACAGGCCCUACGGUGGUGAUUACUAAUGAAUACUUCUAAUCUAAUUCAUCCCAUUAUUCUGUGAUUAUUAUCAGAAUGUAGUUCAUUGUACCCUUUCUAUGUGUGACAAAUCUAAAACCACUACUCAAAAUGAAAAUGUCAUUGCAGGGGAAAUGGCUUUCCUAGGGUUUUCUCGAAGAAUUCAGCAUCUUGCAGGAGGUCUGGCAAGGCUUGUUUUGAAAGCAGGGCAAAGACUUCAGAUUUCUAUGAUAACUUAACAGCACCUGCCCACUCUGUCACAACUUGGCUGAUGUCUUAAAGCCUCCACGUGCUGCAGGCUGUGCUUCAGGUUUGUGUGUUUUUAUUUCUCUUCAACCACGCUGCUCUCAGACUUCCAGUGGGGCAAAGUGGAACGGCCAGAAGGUCAUUUACCCAGGGUCAAGGUACAAAAAGGCUGUUGGGGUGCCUGAAUGCAAAGGUGCUGAAGAAUUGGAUAGAAACCAAGUGUUUGGAUGUGACCAUUCCAGCUUUUACAGCAUAUUUCUGUGAGCUUUUGUAAUUCUAACGUAGAAGACAAGUUUAGGCCUAAUGAGUUACUUUUAAUAUAAAGCAGAUUUCAGCACUACCUGAACUUCAGCAAUGUACCAGUACUUCAGAGCUAAUACUGAUUUCAUCUUGUAAAGUCUUACAUUAUCUGUUCUCCUCCUAGGGAAUAAAACAAUCACUGAAAUUCUCAGCUAAUAGACUGAAAAAGAAAUGCAGUAAUCAUCUUUGACACAUUAGAAAGGGUAAAUUUGUAACUGAUUGAGGUUCUUUGUCCUGGCUCUUGUUUUUUUGCACUUAAUAAUACAAAUGGUCUCCUGCAAUAUGUUUGUAUUCUUUUCAUUUUGGUGGUUAUUGCAUCCAGUCUUACCCAACAACCUCAUAUGAAUUUAGAGCUCAAGGAUGAGAUUAUUUGGGGGAAGAGAUUCAAAGUAAAUGGGAACCAUGGGGGAGAAUUAAAGGAAUUAACAGGCAGAAGGGUUUCUCCUUGCAACAGCUGAAGGGGCUCAAUACCCAAGUGUGAUGAAACAUGCAGGAGACCAUGGGAAGUUAAGUUGGCUCUGUGGCCCUGCUUUGUAUUCAUGGCAGGUGCUGAUAAAACAGCUCAGGAAUGCUGGCCUAUCCCCUAUGUCUUGCUAAUUUUAAUGUCCAACAAUGUUCCCUCCCCCUGUUCCCCCAAAAAGGGCAAAGCAAAAAUCUUUUUGAAGCAGCAGUUUCAGCUGUAAUUUGCAGCACGUUUUGCUGUACAGCACUGCUUUGGCCUAACAGUUACCUUGGCUGGUUUGCAAUUUAAAACAUCAUUUUGCAGAGUGGUGAUAAGCUUAUCACAGCUAAACAAGUCAUAGCACAGGAUAGGAUUAUGACUUUUCAAAGUACCGUGAGUGGGUUGUUUUCUCCUCAUAACUUUUUAUUCUAUUAAAUUUUCAGUCCACGUGUAACAGCUGAAAUAAAGGAAAGUACAGGCUCAGCUGACACUAUUUUUGCAGCUGAUUUUUUACCUUGA